AUCAUGUCGAUGAGCCCAAAGCAUACGACUCCUUUCUCAGUGUCUGACAUCUUGAGCCCCUUGGAGGAAAGCUACAAGAAAGUGGCCAUGGAGGGGAGUAACUUGGGGGCUCCUCUGGCAGCGUACAGGCAAUCCCAGGUGGCACAGCCGGCCAUGCAGCAGCACCCCAUGGGCCAUAACGGGACGGUCACCGCCGCGUACCACAUGGCAGCCGCCGGGGUCCCCCAGCUGUCCCACGCCGCCAUGGGCGGCUAUUGCAAUGGCAACAUGGGCGACCUCCCGCCCUACCAGGACACCAUGAGGAACAGCGCUUCCGCCACUGGAUGGUACGGCGCCAACCCGGAUCCCCGCUUCUCUACAAUCUCCCGCUUCAUGGGCCCUUCGUCUGGCAUGAACAUGGGCGGCAUGGGGGGCCUGGGCUCGCUGAGCGACGUGAGCAAGAGCAUGGCUCCGCUGCAGAGCGCACCUCGGCGGAAACGCCGCGUCCUCUUCUCGCAGGCCCAGGUGUACGAGCUGGAGAGGCGCUUCAAGCAGCAGAAGUACCUGUCGGCGCCGGAGCGGGAGCACCUGGCCAGCAUGAUCCACCUGACGCCCACCCAGGUCAAGAUCUGGUUCCAGAACCACCGCUACAAGAUGAAGCGCCAGGCCAAGGACAAGGCGGCCCAGCAGCAGAUGCAGCAGCAGGAGGGCGCCUCUUGCCAGCAGCAGCAACAGCAGCAGCAGCAGCAGUCCCCCCGCCGAGUGGCCGUGCCGGUCCUGGUCAAAGACGGCAAGCCGUGCCAAGCGGGCUCCAACGCGCCCUCCACUGCGCUGCAGGGCCACCACCAGCAACAGCAGGCGGCCGCCACCGCCAUCACCGUGGCCUCCAACGGGGCCAGCCUGGGACAACAUCCGAGCCACCAGGCCAGCAGUGCCGGGCAAUCGCCAGACCUGGGCCAGCACGCGGGCAGCAGCCCCUCCGCCCUGCAGAGCCAGGUGUCCGCCUUGUCGCACCUGAACUCCUCCACCUCGGACUACGGGACGGCCAUGUCCUGCUCCACCUUGCUUUAUGGCAGGACCUGGUGA